AAACAUGUAUUAUAUUAUAUAUUAUAUAUAUUGUAUUUUGCUGUAUAUCGGGACAUUUGUAACGCAAAAUACAAAUUUAAAAUAAAAAUAAAAAUGCAUUCAAAUUUGACCCAAUAGCUAUACAACAAAAUACAAUAAAUAAUUGUAUGACCGCACCCCUGUUACUGUUGCACACGGAAGCAGAAGAACGCGGUGCAGUGCGCUAAAUUAAAGUUAGAUUUUGUCUGCUUUUCUCAUUCUGAAUUGCCCGUUUCCCAAACGACGGAUAGCAGACCUAUAAUACGACAGUCAUGUUUGUAAGAUGCUGUGUCAUUCACGUAUUAUUUCUUAAUCUGAUAGAUAAAGGGUCUCCAGAGUGUCUGGAUGUCACUGGUUUUGUUGGAGAUUCUGUUCUCAUACCAUGUUCAUACCAGGAUAGAAAACUAAAGCCAGAGGAAAUCAAUGUGUUUUGGAGAUACAAUGCAUACAAAAUUGUUUAUGAUAUCGAACAAGGAAAACCCUCAACAAUCGAACAGGAUCCAAUGUUCAAGGGUCGAAUAACAAGUUUUCUUCAAGAGCACAAGAAUGGGAACUUUUCUCUUAUACUCUCAAAUCUGACGGUCACAGACGCAGGGCAGUUCUUAUGUGAUAUCCCAGAUGUGGAAAAGAAAUGCGAACGAAUGCUGCAAGUCAAAGUACAUCCAACAACAAUGUCUACUGCAACGUCUGAUACAAGAAGCUCUUCCAUGAAAACCCAACCAGAGGGGAUUGCAACUUUCCUGACUGUUGUUUUGGAAUUUCUUAUUUUGCAUUAUAUCUGCUUACUUUAUUAGAAUGUAUUGCUUAAUUGUGUUACAAAUUAUGCCUUUCUUCAAUGUUUAGUAACAAUUGUUUGUACUCUUGAACCAAAUGUAUUAUAUUCUGACUGCUGAACAGAAUUGUGGCCAAAUUAAUUAGCAUAAUUAUAACGGACAGAUGUUUGAUAUUAAUUUUAUUUUUAAGUUUGGUCUUACGGAUGUUUCCAAAAAGCAUUGUUAACCAAUCACAUGAGUUCUCUCAUUACCAACAAUUCAGUGUUUCCCUAAACAAUAUACUGUAGUUUUAAAGAACAUUGGAAACAGCAUCACAAAGUUGUGUGGCAGAAACUAUUACAGUCGAUAGUAAUAAUACUCUUGAGCAUAAACAACAUGCGCUUCUAUUUCUUUCAUUCCACAUUUUUAGUUUGUAACUAGACUAGAAUGAAAG